AUGACACGAAAUUUGAUUGAUAAUUUCUGUGGAAAAAAUUUAAUUAAAGAUAUAGUUGAUAAGAAUGUUCAAUUGGGUAUACUAUUAGAAAAAUUAUAUAAUGAUCUCAUUAUAACAACAUCAUCAGGAUUAAAUAUAGUUAAAUUAAUGAUUAUAUCAAUUAUUUGGCAUUUAUAUGAAGAGAAGAAUAGAAAAUGGUGUAACAUACUUUAUGAUGAAGUUAAAAUUUUAAAUGAAGAUGGCUUUAAUUAUACAAAAUUAGCAAGUCUUUCAAAUUUUAAUGCGUUUAUAUCUGAG